AUGAACCCCCAGGACGAAUCCGUAUCCAACCCUGAACUCGAGUCUUUCCGUGAACAGUGGAGGGCCGAAGUUCGGGCCAAGGUUGUUCCCCGUCAUGCGCCCGCCAAGGCAUCGUCCUCGUCCUCAUCCUCUGCCUCUACUAGACCUGUCCGGGCCGCAGUAGCGGUCGAGCCUCCGAGAAAGCCGCCGCCGCCGCGGUCCAGCCAGCCCGCCGCAGCCGGCGAGGACGUUGAGGACGACGAUGAAACCCCGGCCUUUGGUGGGCCGAGUGCUGCAGCUUCUUCUCAGGACCACGCGCAGCCGAGCACCAAGCUACCUGUACCUGUCCCAGCGGAGCCCGUCACCGCUCUUGAUCACUACGAGAAGGCGGUGGAGCGCGAGGUUGCCGGUAACCUGGGCGACAGCCUGAAACUGUAUCGCAAAGCGUAUAGGUUGGAUGAUCGCGUCGACCAGGUAUACAGGGAUAAACACUUUCCAAAGCCCGUCCCUCCAGCGCCGGGCCAGGCGGCUCCAGUAUUGGCUCCAGCUUCAGCUGCCCAUCAGCCACAGCCAAUGAAGGACCUCAUCGCGAGCUUUGCUAGCAUAGCCAUCGAGCCGGGUGCUCCCGAAAUCGAGGGAAUGCCCCAGCGUCCCUGCCCCGUCGCUUCGCUGCCCGACGAGAUCCUAGUCCACGUUCUACGAGAUGUCGCCGUGUUGGAUGUCGGACUCUUUGUCCGGCUCGCCCAGGUCUGCAAGCGCUUCGCCUAUCUGGUCGCAACCGAGGACAGCAUCUGGCGCCGCGUGUGUCUAGGUUCCGAGUUCGGCUUCGGCGGCAUGCACUACCACUGGCAGCGACAGAUCACCUGGGAGCCGCUGACCGAGGAAGACGUCAUCCGCGAAGCCGAGGCCAAGGGCGUCGACGGCGAGGGCGGAAGCAGCGCCGACGUGACCACGCCGCCGCCCUGGUCACUCGAGGAGCGGGCGCAGCGUCACGCCGAAGAGAGCGCGGCCGCAACUAUGGCCUUCUUCGGGUCCCUGUACGGGUCGAGCUGGCAGCGCAUGUUCCAGCUGCGGCCGCGCGUGCGCUUCAACGGCUGCUACAUCAGUACGGUUAACUACAUGCGCCCCGGGCAGGCCAGCGCCAACUACGUCACCUGGCACAGCCCUGUGCACAUCGUUACCUAUUACCGCUACCUGCGCUUCUUCCGCGACGGGUCGGCGCUCAGCCUCCUCACGACGUCCGAGCCCGCCGACGUCGUGCACUACCUGACGCGAGAGGCAGUUGCGCUGCACGCCGGUCCCGGCAGCCGCGGCGGCGGCGCCUCGCACCACCUGCCCAGCGCCGUCGUGCAGUCGGCCCUCCGCGGGCGGUGGCGCCUCACCACGGCGGCCGACCGGCCGACGGCAUCGCUUAGCGUGGUCGAAGGCGACCUCAUCGUCGAGACCGAGGGCGUCAGCAAGUACAUCUACCGCCUCGACCUCGCGCUGCGCAGCAGCUCGGCCGCAAAGUCGUCGGCCGCCGGCGCAAAAAACAACAAGCUCGUCUGGCGCGGCUUCUACAGCUACAACCGCCUCACCGACGAUUGGGCCGAGUUCGCGCUCAAGAACGACAAGCCAUUCUUCUUCAGCAGGGUCAAGAGCUACGGUGUCAAGGGGGAGUGA